AUGGCGAUGGUGGCUGAAUUUCUGGGGCAACUGACCCUAACUACUGGGUCCGAUGAGCAGAAAUACCCCACUGUUUUACCCGCUUCUGACUUUGACCCUGAAAAGGAUGCUGCGAGAAUAGAGACGGCUAUCAAAACAAAAGGUGUGGAUGAGCAGACCAUCAUCGAUGUCCUAACAAAGAGAACAUACGCUCAGAGAAGAGAAAUUGCAUUUUCUUAUGAAAGGAGAGCAAAGAAGGACAUGAUUUCUGCUCUGAAGGGGGCGCUGUCAGGCUCAUUGGAAUCAGUCAUCCUUGGCCUCAUGAAGAGCACGUCCCAGUAUGACGCUUCAGAAAUCAGAGGCUCCAUCAAGGGCCUCGGCACUGAUGAAGAAACGCUUAUCGAGAUUUUGUGUUCACGAAGUAACUCUGAGCUGCAGGAGAUCAAGCAGGUGUACAAGGAGUUGUUCAAGAAGGACUUAGAUAAAGACGUAGCAGGUGACACUUCCGGAAAUUUUGCAAAGCUGCUCCUGGCUCUGGUGCAGGCCAAAAGAGACGAGCCAUCCUCUGUAGUAGAUUACGAAAAGAUUGAUGACGACGCCAGAAAACUCUAUGACGCUGGCGUGAAGACUAAAGGGACGGACGUGGCGACCUGGAUCUCCAUCAUGACGGAGAGGAGUGUCCCUCACCUGCAAAGAGUGUUUCAGAGGUACAAGAGUUACAGCCCUUACGACAUGCAGGAGAGCAUUAUGAAGGAAGUGAAAGGAGACUUGCAGAAGUCCUUCCUUGUUCUAGUGCAAAGCUUUGAAAAUAAACAGCUUUACUUUGCCAACAAACUGCACGACGCUAUGAAGAGUAAAGGAGCCAAGGAGAAGGUGGUGACCAGGAUUGUUGUGUCGCGCUGUGAAGUGGACCUGAAGAAAAUCUGCUCAGAAUACAAAGCCCAACAUGGCCAGUCCCUUCAAAAGACCAUCACGGAACACACCAAGGGAGAUUACCAGAAAGUUCUGCUGGGCCUCUGUGGACCGGAGGAGUAA